UGGAGUAAAUUCAACAUUUCAAAUUUCUCUCUCGCUAUUCGUACUUUUUUGCUUUAAUUCGGGAGUGUGGCAAGAUGACAUUGUUCCAGACGAGAUGAGAAUAUUAUUGCGGUUUCCUCUAUGUAGAAAUUGGGAGAAAUCGACGCGUGUAUCUGCGGAAUUUGCUUAGAUAAAGACGAUAUGACUUAGGAAGCUGCACCAUGCAAAACAUAAGAAGGAAAUCCUUACAGUGGAGCCACCAUGCCACCCUCGUGCAGUGAGCUGUGGGGCUGCCCGCAGAUGUCCCCAUGCAUCAUCCUCGACUGCCUCCUGCCAAACAGCAUCAUUGUGCCUCUCACCUGCCAUAAGGAGAUCACCCUUAGCAAACUCAAGGUCGAGGUUUGGCAGGAGGCCAAAAAGUACCCCCUGUACCGGGUGCUGGGCCAGCCCGAGGAGUAUGUACUAGUUGGCGUGACACAGGAUGCAGAGCAGGAGGAGUUUUGGGAUGAGACCAAACGGCUUUGCGACCUGCGCCUCUUCUCUCCAAUCCUCAAGGUGGUGGAGCCACGUGGGAGCAAGGAGGAGAAGGUCCUCAACUAUGAGAUCAGCUUGGCCAUUGGGCGUUCUGUUCAUGAUCUUGAUGAUGCUAAACAGCUGCAGUUGCAGGAGUUUAGGAGGAAUAUCAUAGAGGUGGUGAGUGAAGCGGUGAAGGUGAGGCAGCAGUGUGGCCUUGAGUCAUUAGCAUGUUACCAACACCCACCUGAGCUGGAACCCACACCACACCUACCGAGGUCCAUUGAGAAACACUUAGACGAAGGCUACCUGACAGUGACAGUGUGGAGAGGGACCUCAGAGUCUACAAGUGUGCGUAUCACAUGGGACACCUACCCUGACGGUAUCAUAGCUGAGGCUCUCACACGUCUGGCCCCGGCACCAGACAUGCUGGGCUCCCUCACCACUUCACAGCAGUCCUCUAGACAUGCACUCAAGAUCUGCGGCACAAAUGAGUACCUCCUGGCUAGUCGUCCCAUCACCCAGUACAAGACUGUCCGUGUGUGGCUGUCCAGAGGCAAGACCCCACAGUUGUCUAUGGUUUCCCGUGGAGAGCUGUAUGCUUCACUCACCAAGUUCGACUUCGUGCUGCCUACUUAUGUGAGGACACCUGGAAACAUGCCCAACACUGCACCUGCAUCACCCUUGUCCCUCUGGCAUCCCAGUAUGGAUGGGAGGCUCAAGGUGCAUAUCCUCUGGGCAUCAUAUGUCAAUGUCAAGGAGGCACACAAGAUAUAUGUGCGAUCAGGCAUUUUCCAUGGGGAUGAGCAGCUGUGCACAGUGCGGGAAACACAGCAUGUGCCUGGCAGCAGCCCCAACUGGGAGGAGUGGCUGCAGUUUGAGCUUCCCAUCCAGGAGAUCCCAAGAGGAGCACGUCUCUGUCUCUCCAUCUGCUCCAAACGGAAGCAGACUGACAAGAAAAAGAAGAAGGAGAAAAUGCAGGAACACUGUAUGCUGGCCUGGGGGAACAUCAAUCUCUUUGAUUUCCGUAGUCAACUGGUCCACAACAGGGUAUCAAUUGCAAUGCUACCACCACCCAGAGGUUUUGAGGCACUUUUGAACCCUCUUGGUGCAACAGGUCAAACUUUGGCCAAUGACACAACGUGCCUUGAGGUGGAGUUUGAGAGGCGCUUUAACCAGCAAGUAACCUUUCCUGACACACAGCAGAUGGAGGACUAUGCUCGCUACAUUAUUAAGCUAGAACGAAAACCAAAGGACCAGGGCCAAGAGGACAGCCAGGAUGACUUAGAGAAAAUCAAGGAAAUUGCUGCACGUGACUCUCUGAGUGAACUGAGUGAGCAAGACAAGGAGCUCCUCUGGUCCAGAAGGAGACUGUGCCUCUCAGUGCCCGACUCACUGCCUAGGCUCCUAGAUGCUGUCAGAUGGUCUUCUCGUGACCAUGUCAGCCAGCUUUACUUACUGAUGAAGGAGUGGCCACUGGUAUCUCCUGAAGUGGCCCUCGAAUUGCUACAGUGUAAAUAUAUUGACCCGACUGUCCGCAAGCAUGCAGUUAAAUCCCUCGACAAGGGCCUUCCAGAUGAGAGGCUCUCCCAGUAUUUGUUGCAACUAGUCCAGAUUCUGAAGAACGAAUCCUACCUGGAUUCAUCCCUUCUCCGAUAUUUACUAAGGAAAGCACUGACAAACUCCAAAAUUGGACAGAUUUUCUUCUGGCAGCUGAGAUCUGACAUUAACUUCUGGCCCUGCUCCCUUCAUGCCCUGGCAGUCUUGGAGGCUUACUGCCGCGGUCUGGGUCCUAGUCUGAAGGCGGUCACACGACAAGUAGAGGUGGUUGACAAGCUGACUCGGCUUGGUGAGGCUAUCAAGGACAGGUCUGACACCAAUAGGGAGAAGACCCGGUUCCUGAGAGAGCAGCUAGCAGAACCUGACUACUCCUCCACCCUCCAACACCUUACCUCCCCCCUCCACCCCAGCCACUCCCUAGGGCGCCUGAGAAUCUCGGAAUGCAAGGUCCUAGACUCAGCCCGUCGCCCUUAUUGCCUGGUGUGGGACAAUCCUGAUCCAAUGGCCCCUCACUAUUGGCUGUCCCAUGCCAUCAUCUUCAAGAGUGGGGAUGAUUUGAGGCAGGACAUGCUCACCCUGCAGGCCAUUGGUAUUAUGUCUCAUCUGUGGAACAUGGAGGGGCUUGACCUAGGCAUGACCCCUUACUCCUGCCUGAGCACGGGCAAACAGGUGGGUCUCAUUGAGAUGGUGCGUAAUGCCAAGACAGUCUACAGUAUUCAGCGAAGUUCCAAGCUGGGGGCCAUCCAGGUGGACUCUUCACAGCUCUUCAAGUGGAUCCGUGACAAGAACAAGGGACUCAGGCUUGACCAAGCCAUUGACAACUUCACACGUUCCUGUGCUGGGUACUGUGUGGCCACAUUUGUCUUAGGCAUUGGGGACAGACAUCCAGACAACAUCAUGAUCAAUCAGGAUGGCCAGAUUUUCCACAUUGACUUUGGCCACAUCUUGGGGAAUUUCAAGAAGAAGUUUGGCAUCAACCGGGAACGAGUACCAUUCGUCCUGACGCAAGACUUCCUGCGCGUGAUUGCUAAGGGGGAGGAGAACGCGAAGGAGAGUCAGGAGUUCCAGAGGUUCCAGGUGCUGUGCGGAAAGGCAUAUCUGGCACUGCGUAAACACUAUCGCCUCAUUGUAAACCUCUUCAUGUUGCUGCUGCCUGCGGGAAUGUCUGAGCUGCAAAGCCAGGAUGAGGUCGCCUACUUGCGUAAGACGCUGGCUGUGGAGGCCACAGAGGAGGAAGCCCUCCAGUACUUCCAGAACCAGUUCAGUGAGGCCUAUGAUGGUGCCUGGACCACCAAAAUAGACUGGUUCUUCCAUUAUGUCAAGCACAGGUAGACCAGUCUGCACACCCACUCUCCCCACAUCUUUUUCCUUCCCCCACCCAACUUCCCCCAACCUUCUUUACUGGCCUUGUGAUGACGAAGUUUGCUUCACCGAUAACUCGACAGGCAA